CUGCCUAUCCGUGCUGCCAACUGUUGCGAAUUCAAGAUUAAAGAUAUACGCAACAGCUGAUCGAACUAACCUGUCAGUCAGUGACACAAGAAACAGCAUAAGGAUGCGUUUGCGGUAGAAACGUUCUGCAAAGUUUUAUUUAGAUUUACAUUAAGCUUUCCGAAGAAUAAAGGUGAAUACGUUGAAAAAGAGGUGACAGUCAUGGGUAACCAACUUGUGGGGAUUGCUCCCAGUCAAAUAUUUCCUGUCGAACAUUAUUUGACAGAUCACAACGAUCUCCAGUUUGACAUAAACUUAGGAAGUACUAGAUUCUUCAAAGUUGCUCGAGCCCGUAGCCAGGAGGGUCUCAUAGUUGUCAAAGUAUUCGCGAUCCAUGACCCGACACUGCCAUUAUCCAUGUAUAAAGACAAACUGGAGGAUAUCAGGACGAGACUUGCAUCAGCUGUAAACUGUCUGCCCUUUCAGCGAACCAUUCUAACGGAAAAAGCUGGAUUUAUAAUGAGAGAGUUUGUUAAGUAUUCUCUCUACGACAGAAUUAGCACAAGACCUUUUUUGUCUAGUAUAGAAAAAAAAUGGAUCACUUUUCAAGUGCUUUAUGCUUUACACCAGGCUCAUAAGUUUGGCGUGUGUCAUGGUGAUAUAAAACUUGAAAAUAUAAUGAUAACCAGCUGGAAUUGGGUAUUGUUAACUGACUUUGCAAGUUUCAAACCAACUUAUUUACCCGAGGACAACCCAGCCGACUUUUCAUAUUUCUUUGAUACAUCGAGGCGGAGGACAUGUUACAUAGCGCCAGAACGUUUCGUCAAGACAUUGUCAUCAGAAUUGAGCAACACAAUGUUGUUACCAGAACAGGAAGUUAAAACAGGAGACCUAAAUCCUAUGAUGGAUAUAUUUUCUGCUGGAUGUGCCCUAACCGAAUUGUUCAACGAAGGACAUCCCCCCUUUGACUUUUCGCAACUUUUAGCAUACAGAAACGGAGAAUACUCAGCAAGCAAACAUCUGGAUAAAAUUGAAGAUAGUGAAAUGAGAGCGCUUUUGGCAUCCAUGCUAGAAAGAAAUCCUGCAAACAGAAAGAGUGCCGAAAUAUACUUGGCUCAAGAGCGCGGCAAGAUUUUUCCAGAAUAUUUUUAUUCCUUUCUUCAGUCUUACAUGCUGAUAUUUUCAGCUGCGCCGAUACUUUCACCAGAUGAAAAGAUAAACAGACUAAGAAAAGAUAUAGCUAAUAUAAUAAAUAUAUUAAAGACUGAAAGCAAGGAGAAGUCAAACCUGAACGAGUCGUCUGCAUCAGGCUUCCUCAAACUAGAUGAUGAAAAUUCGGAAUCAGUAUCCGAAUCGAACAAUAGAGAAAACAACACAAAAUUUUUUCAAUCUGUUGAAGAAAAAGAAAAAAUUGACGAAGAGAAAGUUACAAAGGACGUAAAAACCAGAGAAAAUCUGGAAGGACUUAUUAUAAUAACUCAACUAGUCACAUCUUGCAUCCGAGGCUUACACCAUUCACAAUCGAAGCUACAAAGCUUGGACAUUUUAUUGGAACUCGCAGAAAACACUACUGACGAAACAAUUCUGGACAGAAUUUUACCUUAUAUUUUCCAUUUGGUUCAUGACCCAGCGCCACGUGUAAGAGUUUCCGCAAUACACACAUUAACGAAAUGUUUAUAUCUGGUCAAGUCUAUCCCCCCCACAGACGUAAACAUAUUUCCAGAAUACAUACUGCCGGGAUUGUCUCAUAUAACGCAAGAUGAAGCUGUGAUAGUAAGGGCAGCAUAUGCCGAAAACAUUGCGCACUUAGCUCACAUUGCUUUGCGGUAUUUGAAGAAUUCUCAUUUGACGAAUUCCAGUAAUAAAGAAGGACCAAAGCCGAGCUAUGAGAGUGAACUUCAAACACUGCAUGAGAUGGUUCAACAAUCUGUUGCAAUGUUGCUGACAGACCCUCAGAAUCUGGUGAAGCAGACCUUGAUGGAGAAUAGCAUAACAAAGCUGUGUGUAUUUUUCGGAAAACAAAAAGCGAACGAUGUGAUACUCAGCCACAUAAUAACGUUUUUAAAUGAUAAGGACGACAAACAGCUCAGAGGGUCGUUUUUUGACUGUAUCGUCGGGGUCGCAGCCUACGUUGGUUGGCACAGUAGUCCCAUUCUGAUGCCUCUGCUUCAGCAGGGUCUCACCGACCCUGAAGAGUUUGUCACUACCAAAGCUAUUAACGCUAUGGCGACACUCACCGAGCUUGGCCUGCUGCAUAAAUCGGCCCUGUAUCAAUUACUUUCAGAAAGUGUAGUUUUCUUGGUUCAUCCGAAUUUAUGGAUACGACAUGCAAUUGUGGGUUUCAUUUCGGCUUCGGCAAGGACUUUAAAUUUAGUCGAUGUCCAAUGUAAAGUUCAAACAAUGAUUCAACCAUUCUUAAGACAUCCAUUGAUACAAAUUGAAAAGGAGGUUUUGCUGUUGGAGGCUCUAGUUGCACCAAUUCCACGAAUUGUUUAUGACUCUGUAAUUAAAUACAACGAUAUAGAUGAAUUAUUCCGAGUUUUCGAGCAGAGGCAGAAGGCUCGGGUAAAAGCAAUCUCUGGAAUUAUUCCACAGUACAGUGAUAUGAGUACUACAUUGAAAAAUCUGUUCAGAAGAUUAAGUUCAGAGGCAAUGACAGAAAUGGAGGAAGAUCAAUUAUUGAUGAUGAAACCGCAUUUGUUGAAAAUCAAUAAACAUCGACAGUCUAUAGAAGCAAAACAAGAAAUGAACAAGUCUUCAGUCGGAAAACUUGAGUUGAAUCUUAUGAAGGACAAAGUGCGUCAUCACAUGGUUGUCUUGUAUCCUGACACAAAAAGUGAUCUCGGCAUGAAUGCGUUCAAGAAACAUGAUCGCAGAACUCCCGAUAGUAUUGUUACACAUGCUACUAUGAAUCAGGAAUGGCGUACGAUGUUUGCCGCACAAGACAGUGUACAGCAUACAAUUAUAAAGAUGUCGGAUAUGACUGGAGGUGGAAGUAGUCCCAGCAACAGUGUCCACGGCGGCGAUAUACAUUUGUCGCCACAGCACAGCCUGACAGAUGUAAACAGCAUGAACGAUCACUCCCUGCAUGAAAGAUCUUACAUUCAAUUCGCAACCCUCUAUGGUUUUGCAGACCGAUGUGCUCCGUGCAGACUGGAACUGCGGCAGUUGACAUUUAGGAAGCAGGAGCAACACUCCGCUGCACUUAGAGCACAACACUGGGCUGAUAACAUUGCGUGGCAAACUGGUUCUCGGUUGUUGGCGAGUGGCUGGAGGCCGCGUAGUAUCCCUGUAGCUCACUUGCAUGAGCAUCGGGCAGCUGUAAACAGAUUGGUUUCUAUCCCUGAUACAAGCCUCUUUGCUAGCAGUGCUGCUGAUGGGUGCGUCAGGGUUUGGGACGUCAGCAAAAUGGAAGGAAGAAAUAUUGCCAAUCGUUCAAGACAAGCAUAUGUCCAUAGAGGCGGUCCGUUAUUCGGCCUAGCAGUGUGUGAUCAAGGUCAGUCAAUAGCAAGUUCAGCGAGCCAAUCUGGAUCUGUCUUUGUUUUGAGAAUUGAACAAGCAUCGAAUAAAAUGAAUGUUCUCUAUACAAGGCAGCUUGAUUUACAGGAAGAGGGUUGCGCCGUAGAUAUACAGUAUUUAGAUUCUGGUUCUCAGUCAGUCCUGGUUUAUGCUACGUUGUACGGAUCUCUGGUCGGAUGGGAUCUGAGGUGCCCUGGAACAGCAUGGCGUCUAGAAAAUGACCUGAAACAUGGGGUCAUCACUUCUUUCUGUGUUAAUAACUAUCAACAAUGGUUGACGUUAGGAACAAGUUCUGGAGUUCAUAUAUGCUGGGAUCUAAGAUUUCAACUGCCAAUCAGUAGCAUAAAACAUCCCACAGGUGCAAGAGUUAGGAAAGUGAUUACUCAUCCAACAGAACAUUCUUGGAUCCUCUCAGCUGUGCAAGGAAACAAUGAAAUAUCAAUGUGGAACUUGGAAACAGGAUUUCGACAGACGGUCUUAUGGGCAUCAAGUGCUCCGCCCUUAAGUCACACACAGACUGGUCACAGCAUCUGUGCCAUGCACUCAGGUGCUAUUGAUCGAAACGGGUUUCUUCUUGCUGGUGGAACUGAUAUGAGGCUCCGAUUUUGGGACUUACAGAAUCCUAAUGAAUCAUACGUUGCCUUACCUGCUGCUAACGAUACAGUGCCUCCAAAUUCGCUAGCAUAUGAGCAACGGCUUAUCGAUGGAACCAAUGUAGUACAAGAGGUGUUGGUUGGCGGAGUUACAACUGGAGGCGUCAGCGGAAGUACUGUCCGAGGCAGAGGACACGAAGAAGGUGGUCAGGGUCAAGGACCAGAUUCUCCACCAGCCGGUCACCACGAUGCAAUAUCUGCUGUCGCCAUGUCAAAUACUUGUAUUUUAACUGGUAGUACAGAUGGUUUAAUACAGGUCUGGAAAUAAGCAGUUAUUGAUCUAGGACUUGCUAAAUUCGAGUGACAAAAUAGAAAAGUUUGUAUUACAUUCAAUUUUGAAGCAUUUGGAUUGAAUCCGACAAAUUUUAAAAAAUUUUUUCAUAGCUACCUUCGAUAUCUUGUAUUUAACUCUUUUAUCAUUUUUGUAUUCACUACGCUAGUCAUUUGUGUGCAAGUGUAUGGAUUUCGUUUGUCGAUAUGAUUGCUUUGCUGGUCGAAAAUUUAUCGGAAUACACUAAUCGAACUCAUAGAAAAUUGUUGUCAAAUUUAGUUCUGGAC